UACUAGUUAUGUCCGUCAGCAUCGACAAUAUACAGCGCACUCAUCUCCAUACAUUUAAGCGAUUUAGUUGUAUCCGCCUGUGUUCGCUUUCAAUACAGUAUAUUUAGUCAUUGAUCACAUUUAUUGUGAAAGUUUUAUAUCAUGCCUUAUUGUUUAUUCUAGGAAACAGCUUUGGACAUGAUGUUUGCCAUGGUUGAAUGUCUAGAAUUGAAGAACAUUGAAAGAGUCAAUAAGAUGAAUAUGAAGGAACAUGUGGAUCGUUUACUGGUUGUAUCAACAUAUACCAAAACAGUGCUUAUACUCGUUGCAGUACAAAUAUCAUUAACAUUUGUGAUCAUAAUGCUCACAUCAUUACUUAGGGAAAAUGUUCAAAACAACUGGCAAUUGAUAUCGCCCAUUAUUGCUGGUUUAUUCCUUUUGAUCGCAAUUGUGAUAGCAAUAUUGGUUGCUUUCGCGAAGAAGAUAAAUGAGAAUUAUCCACUGAAUGUCGCGCUUGCAGUUGUUUUCUCUUUUUGCAUGGCAACAGCAUUCGGAGUUUUGGAUACACAGUUAGAUGCUUUUCACAGAUUGGCGAUCUUUGGAAUCAGUUUGGUGUUAUUCACAUGUGCACUAUUGAUUGGGGCAGCGAUUAAAACAGACUUGGCAGAUCGUUUAACCAGUAUUCUAAUACCCAUUUUGGUUAUAUCUGUUCUCAUUUUGACAGUCGCGGUUGUGCUCAAUUUAUGGAAUGAAUACAAGAAACCAACGAUCGGUGUUUUUAUAGGUGCACAAAUAUCAUUGUUCAUUAUAACAGUAUUUAUAAGUUAUGUAACUGUUGGCAAAUCAAGAUAUUAUCUCUUUUAUCCAAAUUAUUCACUGGCAGCCAUAUUAUUAUAUAUCAUGUUCUUUUCAAAUUUGUUAGUCAAUACAGAUAUAAAGAUGGUCUAUAACAGGACUGAAAGUUGUAUAUUUCAGUUCGAUGCCCAAAUUGAUAUGAACAUUUCAUGAACAGUUGAGUUAUAAUCCUAAAAUUUGUUUCCUGUUUUACUGUUUUUUUUGUAUCUUAUUUGCUACUUCUUAGAUGUCGAACUGUAAACCAAUAUGUACCCUCUUGUUUUUGUUUUAGUUGUUGUUGAUUUAAUAUUCAAUCAAUUAAAAAUUUGUUUGCGUGUAAACAGACUAGUUUGUGCAUUUUGUUCUAAUGGAUUACAACGUCACUUACAAGAUCAUGAUUAUGAAACAGGUGCAUCAUAUAAAUUACUCUACUUAGAUGAAGUUAUUUUCAAAUAAAUUCUAUUGAUGUUGUUCUAUUUU